UUUAAUAUUUGUUCAAAAGUGGUAUUCUCUAGUUCAGAUAUCUAAAAAUGAACUUUAAUUUGUUAAUGUAGCUACAAAUAUACAUGACAUGAAUAGUGAAGAGGAGACUGAUUUUGAACGUACAGAGAAGACCUUGUCCAAAAGAAAAUGUGAUUCAAGUCAAAUUGCAACAACUUCACGACCAAGAAAGAGAAAGGUUGUAUCUGAACGAAAAGCUCAUCCCAAAAAGUUAAAAGCCAAAAGAACUGAUAAAGAAAAAAAACUGGAAGCAGCAUGUAGGCCAUACUGUUUGAUAGAGAUGUUUGAUAGUUUGUCUGAAAAACAAGUAAAAGAUGUCAAAGACAUUGGUUUUGAAGGUGUACUGAAUUGUAGAAUAAGUACAAAAAUAAAUAGUAGAUUGGUCUCUUGGUUAGUGAACAACUUUGAUAGUGGAAGUUUGAUGUUCAAUAUUGCAUCUGGCAAGGAAUUUGUAGUCACAGAAGCUGAUGUUCAUGAUGUGUUUCUUUUACCUUGGGUUGUUGGUAGUGAAGUAGUUGAAUCACAAUGGGUAAGGAAUACAAAAAACUCAAAACAAAAAACUUCAGGGCAGCUUGUAAUGGAGAAUUGGAAAAGAAAGUUUGGUGUAACUGGAGCAGGCAGUGUAAAUCUAAGAAAAAUAACUGAUGCUAUAAAAGAAGAGAAGGAAGGAGGAGAUGAAUUUAAAAGGUUAUUUGUAUUAUUUGUUGUGUCUCAUUUAUUGGCACCAACAUCUAAUAGGACAGCUUGUUUACAGUUGGUGGUUGCAUUAGAAGAUGUUGGUAAGAUAAAGGAUCUAAACUGGUGUGGUUAUGUGCUUAAGAAACUGUCCAGUGCAGUGCAAAGGUUCAAAAGAAAUCAUGAGAAUACAUUUGUGGGAGGAUGCUUGUUGCUUCUGCAAACUUUGUAUUUUCAAAGGUUGGUUUUCAAAGGAGUUGAAGUUCCAAAAACAUUGCCCUUGAUCAAGAAUUGGAAUUCUGAGAAAAUCAAAGCAAGGGUAAAGGAUGAGAUAAAAGCUGGUGAUUUUGGAAGAGGCCCUAUCGAUUCUUCCUACCCGAUCUCAAAACAGAAUAUUUGUCUUCAAAAACAAAUUGAAGUAUUGAACAAGGAAGAACAAAGGUCAAGGUUCGUCAGAUACGAUAUCCCAGAAGGAAUGCCGACUGAUGAGGAUAUUAACAAAACAGCAAAAGAUGAGAAAAGUAAAACUCUGAUGUUGGUGAAAAGGGAUGUGGAACUGGUGUUCCGGGCUCACAUGUCUCCAACACAAGAGAUGGACGUUCAAGAACAACUUAGCCAAAAUCAAAGCUCCCAAUCCACAACAAGCUUAGACAAAAUUUUUAAUGACCCUAAAACGUUUGAGAUUGUGGAUGCUGUAGUUGAUUGGCUGAUGGAUAUGAAGCAAAACACAGAAGCAGAGAACAUUGACAGAAACAUUGAGAUGGAGAAUGUUGUAUUUGUAACAGAGAAAGAUGCUUCUGGGAAUGAAGAAGGGGAACUGCAAACCAAGAAAAAUGAUGCUGGGAAUGAAGAAAGGGAACGGCCAACUGACAAAGAUGGUGCUAGUAAUGAAGAAGGGGAACACUCAAUUCAGAAAGAUGGUGAUUGGAAUAAGGAAGGAGAAGAGCCAGAGGCAACAAACACUGAGAACAAUGGUGCUGGGAAAGAAGGGAUAACUGAAAAGCGAAUGACAUUCCUAUCACAGUUCAUGAAGCAAAGGCGUUCUACUCGUUGGCAAUCAAUGAAAGAUUUUGAUAAGCAUCUUGUGGACUACUGUUUUUAUGAUGAUGGAAUGGAAAACGAAGAACUGAUUGUCAGGUUCAAUGAAAGUCUUUAUGUAACAAAGAAAGAUAUGAUGUGCUUGGGCUCAACAAGCUUUAUACCUCCUGCAAUUGUGAACUGCUGGGCAUAUUAUUUGAAUGAAGAAGAGCUGAUAGCCGAACAGGAAAUGGGGAAAAGAUUCUACUUUGGCAUUUCACAUGCACCCAUAUUGACUAAGAUAAUGCAAGAGGGAUUUGAUAAUGAAUCAAGGAUUGCCUUAGAUAGAUCAUGGGAUGAAUGGCUUUCUGUGAAUAAUCAACAAUGGAACAUUGCACAAGCAAAUUUUUUAGUGAUUCCAUUUCUGCACAACAACCACUAUUCAUCCAUUUUUAUAAAUACACUGUCGAAGAAAGCACAAUUGGUGGACUACAGGAUAAAGGAGGACGUCAGUCUUUUCAAAUAUCUUGCUGGAAUACUGUGCUUAGAGAUGUCGAUCUACUUGAAGAAGAAAAAGCACCCAAAGGUAAAACAAAUGCCAAAGUAUGUGUUUGAAGAAGUGAACUUUGAUUGGAAACUUAAGAGAGAUAGUAACGAUUGUGGUGUAUACUUGCUCAUGACAAUGUUCUUGUUUGAGGGAGUGAGUUUCAAGUAUAGUCUGAACAAGGUGGAAGAUAGAAAGUUUCAUCGCGCAGAAAUUUGUUCUUCCCUUACCGGGUUUGAAAAAAAUGAAGUGAUCAAUGAAGUGAAGAAGAAGAUUAACGAGUUCAUAAAAAUGAAGGGAAUCAAAGAAGGAAAAAGGGCUUUGUAAUUAUUGUUCAACUUAAAGUGGAUAUUUGUGACUGAGAAGUAACUUGUUAUUGUAUAACUUUGGUUUAGUUUUUAUGGUAGAAGUUAUGAUGAUGGUUUUGUAAAGGAGUCAAAAAUUAUGGGGAAAAAGCCAAGGCAAAUUGAACUCUUGAGAUUGCUUUUGCAUAAUGCAAAGGAAAACGAAUAAUUCCUAAUGCUUCAGAUGUUUAAUAAGAUGUAUAAAUUCCCA